CAAUGAAUUUCUUUCUCAGUACCUUUGGGUGGGGUGGGGCUGAUCACCAUGUGGCCUAGUGUAUCAACCCAGGAAUGAUGAACCUUGCAACUCACCAAAUUCAGAUAAAUAAACCCACAUAAAAGGCCAUGAAAUAAACUAAAUUUUAUGGUCAUAACAGUUUGUCAGUUGUAUGUGAAGUGAAGGAAAUUCCAUGGUUUAUAUCCAGAAGACCAAGUCAUGGCAGUGUAACAUUUAUGUGUGGUGUGGAGGAAAUACCAUAACUGAAAUCCAAAGUAUCGAGUCAUGGCUGUACAACAGUUAUAUUACAGUGGCAUUAUGGUGUUGCAUUUGUACAUGCAUGUGUGUGUGUGUGGGGGGGGGGCUACCUUCUCUAUAGGAGAUGUAGAUCAGCUUACUCUCUGGGUGGCCCCUCUAGUUUUAUGGCUCUGUGUGGUCCAUGUCAUUAAAGGAAAGUAGUCUGUUAGGUCCUGCCAGAACCUCUUGUUUGUAUUUUUAAAAUGUCAGUGAGUCCUGAUAACAUAGGGAUAUUAUUGAACAUUAUAUGCAGGGGCCAGGUUUGCAGAGUCUAGUGCAAACCCUCCUCAGUAAGCCUACAGUAUAUAACCGAAAUAUGCUAAUUUAAUAACACAUUAUUUGAUAAUAUUGAGAUAGUAUGAGGUUUGCCGCAAUGCAGCCUCAGUGACCUUAGAAGAUUAUUUCCUGUUGUUAUGUGUAUGUAUUAAGAUAUGUCACGCAUAGUUCAUAUUCAAGAAGUCCCAAGGUUGAUUCUCAUCCUGAAGGCUUCUUGUCUUGAACAAGAUGCUUCCGUGAUUUUCCUAAAUCCUCCAGGCAAACACCGAGAUAGUUCCUUACACAUACCCUAAUGACAUCCUUGCAGAUCCUUCCCAAUUUGUAGUUUCCAUUUGACUCUGAAUUCAACACUAUAUGUACUAUGCAAACUAAGUAACAAUUGUUAAAUAAGCUGAGAAUUAUUUCUUUUCUGACACUUACUGCUUUGUAUUUUGGAUAAAAUUGUCUCUUGUAUUAUUUAGCCUUAACUAAGCAGACUGUUAAUUCUCCAUACCACCUAGGACUAGGCUUUGAAAUAAGGGGGCUGAUGGAAGCAUUGUUUUAUGGUUUGCAGAUAUUGGCAAUGGAGGAUGUUCACACCAGUCCAUGCCCUCAAUUCAUAAAUGAUGUCAGCGCUGCAGUAAAUUGUGACUAUGUGACCUUGAUGGAUGACCAGCAAUUGCCAUAUGUGCAGGCACCUGGUUUAGAAAUUACCAGCAUACUGGUCUUUCCAUAACCUUUGCCACCAUCAGGUAGUGAAAAAUCAGGAGAGAUUUUCAAAGAACGAGAAUUUCACAUGCAAAAAUGACCAGCUUCCAGCAAGAUCUAGGCAUGGCUUUUAUCUUAUUUCAGCUACUGAAUUUAAAUUAUUGAGGUCUGAAUUGUGUAACAGAUUCUGUUUUUGUUGGCUGUUGUGACACACCGUGUCACUGAAUGAGUCUAGACAAAAAUCAGAUAUCAGUUCCCAUAUAAGUAGUUCUGCUGAACAUGGAAAGGAUAGCAGUGCCAGAAGUGUCAGAACUGAACCUCCGCACGUAAACAAGGUGGAUUCAGUGAGCAGUGUUUGUAUCCCUCACCAUGAAAGAAUUGAAGGUGAAAUUCUUCCUGAGGCCAGUAAUGGAAUGGGGGCAGAGAACAUUAUUCGUGUCCUCAGAACCAAAAUAAAGGGCUUGCAGAACGAGAUGGAAGCAUUACAAGUUGACCGUAAUAAACAGACGGAGGCCUGUAGGAAGCUGCAAGUAAAGGUGAAGGCUCUGGAGGAUCGCAACAAGUGGCAGCAACAAGCAGGAAUGCUCAGAGAUUCUCUAAAGAAGCAAGAGAUAUUGCACUCCAGCACUGUGGCAAAACUCACACAGCAAGAGUCUGAGAACUUGUCCCUCAAUAAGGAACUGGAGUCUGUCAGGAGAGAAUUGCGGACAACAGUGCAGUCAUAUAAAGCGAAUGAGGUGCAACUGGACCGCUCACUGGAGGAGCUGAAAAAAUUAUGAACCAUUAUGCAUAACUAUGAGCAUGACGACAAAGAACUACGAGAUGUCACACACAGGAAGAGUGAUGAGGUAGCCGCAGUCGUGAAGCAGCUUGAGAAGCAGAAGUCUGAGUUGCUGCUUGGGUUCAAGAAACAGAUGCAACUCAUUGACAACCUUAAAAAACAGAAAGUAAGUGAAAAUGUCUGUGAUUGGGCAAGAACUCAGAAAACACAAGAAAUAAUCAAUGAGGAGAGUUUUGUCCUUGUGCCCUGAAAGUUAUAUUCAUGGAUAUGAAAAUGAAAAUAGUUUACCACUCACUGUACCAAAUAUGUAUUUUAUUUAGUGAUACAUUUCAAAAUUAACUAGAAAUUAUGUUGAGACCUGAAUGACUUCGAACAUGCAGAAACCAACAUUCAGUACCUGGGGCCUAAUGCUUUGAUAUAGUAGUUUAAAAGACUGAAAUAAUGGGAAGCUUGUCAUAGUUCAGGAAAUUGGUGAAGAAAAUUAUAUCAGGCACUGAAAAGAUAUAAUAAAUAAUAAAAUGUAGUGUUUGCAUGAUACAGAAAAGGACAAUGAAGAAAGUAAAAUUACAUACCAAUAUCUUC